AUGGUGUUGAAAUCUACUUCUGCUAGUGAUGUUUCCGUAUACCAGGUCUCAGGUACAAAUGUGGCGAGAUCUUUGCCUGACUGGAUUGCUAAAAAGCGUAAGAGAUCGUUAAAAAAUGAUUUAGACUACCAGAACCGUGUUGAGUUGAUCCAAGAUUUCGAGUUCAAUGAAGCCUCGAAUAAAAUUAGAGUUACAAAAGAUGGACAAUAUGCUAUGGCCACUGGUACUUAUAAACCACAAAUACAUGUCUACGAUUUCAAUAAUUUAUCUUUGAAGUUUGAAAGACAUACUGAUGCAGAGAAUGUCGAUUUUUUGCUCCUUUCCAAUGACUGGACAAAGAGUGUCCAUUUACAAAACGAUAGAAGCAUUCAAUUCCAAAAUAAAGGUGGUCUUUACUAUAGUACUAGAAUUCCAAAAUUCGGAAGAACUUUAGCUUAUAAUGACGUUAAUUGUGAUUUGUACAUCGGUGCAAGCGGUGAUGAACUGUAUAGAUUAAAUCUGGAGCAAGGUAGAUUUUUGAACCCUUUCAAAUUGGAUAUCAACGAGGAAAAAGCAACCGCAGUAGGUGGUGGAGGUGUUAACCAUGUGUCGAUCAAUAGUGCUAACGGUUUGGUUGCUGUUGGUUUAGAAGACUCGGUUGUUGAAUUUUGGGACCCAAGAGCUCGUUCUCGUGUCUCGAAAUUAUAUUUGGAGAAUACUAUAGAUAACUCAGAUUUUACAGUAACUACUACAAGUUUUAGAAACGACGGUAUAAAUUUUGCAUGUGGUACAUCCAAUGGCUAUUCAUACUUGUACGAUUUGCGUGCUUCAGAACCUUCAAUUGUUAAAGAUCAUGGUUACGGUUUUGAAAUUAAGAAAUUGAUUUGGUUAGAUGACGUUCCAGGUUCAUCUGACAAAAUUUUGGCAUGUGAUAAAAGAAUCGCUAAGAUAUGGGAUAGACUAGACGGGAAGGCGUACGCUUCGAUGGAACCAAAUGUAGAUAUCAACGAUAUUGAACAUGUUCCAGGUACAGGUAUGUUUUUCACAGCUAACGAAGGUAUUCCAAUGCAUACAUAUUAUAUUCCAAACUUAGGUCCAUCACCAGAAUGGUGUUCAUUCCUAGACUCUAUCACGGAAGAAUUAGAAGAAAAGCCAAGUGAUUCGGUCUACUCUAAUUAUAGAUUUAUUACAAGGGAUGAUGUUAAGAAGUUGAAUAUUAAACAUUUAGUGGGAACAAAGGUACUAAGGUCUUACAUGCAUGGUUUUUUCAUCAACACCGAGUUAUACGAUAAGGUUUCGUUAAUUGCCAAUCCAAACGCUUAUAAAGAUGAAAGAGAAAGAGAAAUUAGAAAGAGAAUUGAAAAGGAAAGAGAAUCCAGAAUUAGGUCAUCUGGUGCAGUUCAAAAACCUAAGAUUAAAAUUAAUAAGGACUUGGUUGAAAGAUUAUCUGAAAAACGUGGUGAUAAAGUUGCUGAAAAUGUUAUGACAGAUGAUCGUUUCAAGGAAAUGUUCGAAGAUGAAGAAUUCCAAGUUGACGAGGAUGAUUAUGAUUAUAAACAACUGAACCCAGUGAAGUCAGCUAGGGAAACUGAAGAAGGUGCUUCUAAACGUAUUAGAGCAUUAACAGCUGCUGAAGAAUCUGAUGAAGAAAGAAUUGCAAUGAGAGAAGAGAGAAAGAAUGGCACACGUCGUGGUAUUUACAGUGACAAUGAAUCUGAAUCUGAAGAUGACGAAAAUGAAGGUGAACAGGUUGAGUUAACGAAAAAGGAGAAGAAGCAAAUUCAAAAAGAAGUUGCAGCCAUUCAAAGGAAAAAGAAAGAGAGACAAGAAAGUGAAAGGUUCAUGAGUGAUAUCAAGGUUGGCACCAAGGGUGUAGCAGCCGACACGACACACGACGUCUCCUUUGGUAAGAAGGUCCGUGAAAUGAGGAAUGAGGAAUCAGAAAAGAAAGAAAACAGUUCCAUUCUACAUCGUAACCAUCGUGGUGAAGCAGAAUUGACAUUUAUUCCUCAAAAACAAGCAAAACCAAAGAAGAAGACCGUCAAAUAUGCAUCUGAAGUAGAAGACAGUGAAGAUGAAGAGAAAGAGAAAGACAACGGUAGAAGUAAACCAAGGUUUGAAGGUACAAGAAGAGCCAGUAAGAAUGUAUUCCGUGGUAUGUAA